UCGCAACUCAUCACCGGCCUUCGCCCUGACCCAUCAAACACGUCAGUCGCAACAGCGACCCGGAAGUGUUCGUUUAAAGGUCACGAAUGCCCGCGCCAAGCCCCCGGAUGUAUUACCUUUUAACAGCGAGCACGGAUAUUUUUUUUCCGGGGCCGAGUAUGUCUGCAUUGAUUUUAUACGGUGAAAUCUUAGAAGAAAACGGGGCAGUGGCUUAACUCCAUGGUUCAAUGGACGGCAGUUUGAACGAGGAAAGCAGCCAGCAGGGAGAUGAGAUUUGGUGUCUGAAAAGGACCAGGCAAAAGACGGGAUGGCUGCUUUUGCAGGACAAUGCGGAGGUGUCACUUGGUCGAGGACUUGAUGUCACACACCGGCUAGUAUCCCUCACCUGUCCAUUCAUGAUUUCAAGAAAUCACUGUAUUCUCAAGCAGAAUGAAGAAGGCCAGUGGACUGUGACCGACAAAAAGAGUCUUAAUGGCGUCUGGCUGAACAGAAAGCGAAUUGAGUCUGACGCUGCAUGUAUCCUUAAAGAAGGAGACAUUGUUCAACUUGGAGUCCCCAUUGACAACAGGGGUGCUGAAUUUGAAUACAUUUUCACAAGGGAGAAGCUGCAGAAUGUUUUGCCAUUUUUGUUGAAAGUUUCAAAAGAUGUGGUGGACCAGAGGAUUCAGAGCAGCAAGAGAAAGUUCCACUCGUUAGAUGAGGAACAAGUCAGAUCAGUUUAUUCAAAAGCCAAGAUAUCAAAAUCCUCUACUGAUGGCAUGUAUGAAAAGCAGCACAGUUUCUCUACAGUUUUGGCAACAUCUAGUCUUGCAUGUGACUCUGAGGUAGCCGCCGGACCCAGUGGACGUUGUGAUGGAGUUGCUGGUCUUUCAGAUGAACAAAGUACCGAGUUAAGCACUCAAUGUCACGUAAACUUUGCAAAAGAGCCCCAGUGCACAGGGCAAAGUGCGGAGGAAAGGCUGCUUACGGAGCAGCAACAAGCUGAAAAACUGAAGACUCCAAGGGAUGUAGAAAAGCAAAAGCAACAUUGUGGAAUGAGAAAUGAAAGUAAGCACUUAUACAAAGAUGUUGAUGAGAUUAUUCAGGCCAAGGAAAAAGAACUUCAAAAAACAAAGGUAGAGACAGAGAAGGCGAUAGCACAGAAAGAGCAGUUUUUUACUUUAAUGACUGAUGUACUGGAGAGUGAACUACAGUGCGCCAUCUGCUCCGAGCUGUUCAUUGAGGCCGUAACGCUGAAUUGUGCGCACAGCUUCUGCUUCAAGUGUAUAAGUGACUGGAGAAAACGGAAAGAUGAGUGUCCAAUAUGUCGUCAAGCAGUAGUGUCCCAGACAAGCUCCCUUGUGCUUGAUAACUACAUUGAUCGAAUUAUUGAAAAUUUAAGUCCAGAGAUGAAGAAGAGACGGGAAAGCUUGAUCAGUCAACGGAAAGCUGAAAGGCAAACGUGACCUGGAAGCAAACCUGCCUGUUCUGUUAUGCACUAAAUGGACAGCUCUGCUUGGGAUGGCAUCAUUGGAUGGCUGGGUUUUAGUUGAAAGUGACUUUGGAAAUAAAUUGUGGAUGUGAGUAAUUAAAUUAAUAAAGGCGUGAAACAGUCAA